GCGGUUUUACCGUGUUUGUGUGAAUGUGCACAUUCAAUGCUCUCUUCGACUCACAACAAAUGACGGAAUUCAGCCGAAUGACAGACAACUGUUGACAAAAAUCAUAACAAAGCCAAGCAAAUGGAAGUGUUUGCAAAUAAAUAAAAUAAUAAAGAAGUUUACAAGUAAUUUGUUAACCUAACAUGCAGUGUAAAGUUAUGCAAAAAGAAAAUAUAUCAAAAUAACCUUCAAGUGUAUCAUAUGCUGUGAAUUAUUUCCAAACAUAUCUCCACAUUCAUUUCGCUGUGUUUGUUUACGCUAAAUCUGUGCCCCCGAUAAACAAAAGAGUUUCAAAAGUGCUUGCUAAUCAUUUUCAUUCCUUCCAAAUAUGAACGCAAAAGACAUUUUAAUUAAGGCUGUCCAAUGCGACAAAGAAGGUCGCAUUUUGGAAGCCCAAUCGCUUUACCAAGAUGGUAUACAAAUUCUCAUGGACGUAGUUGCUGAUGAGACUGAUGCAGCCAAAAAGAAAGUCUACUACGAACGCAUCAAAGAGUAUAUUGACAGAGCAGAGCAAAUCAAAAUACGCGUUCAAAAACAUGCAGAAACGGGCGAAAUUGUAGCCAACAUACCAAUUGAUGAAAACUCGUGCGGACACAGCUAUAGAAGCCUCUUUGGCAAAUACUUAAAUACAGAUGUGAAGGAAAUACUUUUGGAUGAGCCAUAUCUCACUGAGCGAUAUCAAUUUCAAAAUCUAUUGGCUUUUGCUGAGUUAGCCGUAAAACAAAGCAAAAAUCUGAAAUAUAUACGACUGAUUACUAAGCCGGACUCAAAAAAUCCAGAUGGUCAGGCGGCCAUUUUAAAACAAAUCAAAGAUGACUUGGCCAAAAGGGAAAUAACUUUGACCAUCAAAUAUGAGCCAUCCUUGCAUGAUCGUAAAAUAGUUUUAAGCAAUGGCUAUAUCAUUAAAAUUGGUCGAGGUUUGCAUUUCUUUAAGGCCAUCAGUCCUUUGUACUCCUUGGGAUUGUGCGAUUACGAUUUUCGCAAGUGUCUACAGACUGAUGUUGAUAUAUGGCGAACAAAAAAUUUCUCCUAAGUCUGGCCACCAAGUUCAAAUUACGAUUAGGAAUUCGUUUUUAAAUUGUCUCGUUUUAAUUUUCUACUAUUCUGAACUGAUCUUAAUGGAAAGUUAUCCUGCUGUGUGUAGUAUUACGUAUUGACAAAUAAAGUUUAUUUUUCUAUAAGAGAGUUUUUUAA